AUGCAGGCCUCCACGAGUGCCCAUGAGGCUGGCGGAGGACACGCGACGCGGCGAGGUCAUGCCCCCCAUCUCUCGAUUAGCGACCCAAGUCACCAUGUGACAGAAGCGAUCGGGCAUAUGUAUGAUGAUGACUACGACCCCAACGAUCCAAGACGCCUCAGCUAUAUAUCCUCCCCGCUGGGCGAGUCAAUAACAACCAUCCCGCGGGCCGCCGCAGGAUCCGAGUCCAACCCCUCCCCGUCCUCCCCCCUGCAUAAUUCUUUCUCGGAAGGGCAAACGAAACCGCCAAAUGGACAUACACGGCCGUCGCUCGUUGCAAACCGAGCUUAUGACCGGGAGACCGAUUCUGUAGUCCCCGAGGGGACUCGGUCUCCCUCAGAAACCGCUACCUCUUCUUUUCCUCUGAACGACAUCGACUAUGAAUCCGACCCCGCUGCCGUGGCUCAGGAGCUGAACAACCUCGCUGCUAUUCGGCGCAUGUCCAUGGAUGUGGCGGCCGCUGGUGACCCUGACCUUCCGGGCUUCGCACUGCCUCCCUCCCCCUCAGCCGAUGAAGAUGACGCCUCGAGAUUGUUUUGGGUGCCUGCGCGACUACAUCCCGAACUCGCCCCGAAGGAAUUCAAGUCUUUUCUCGAUAGCAAGGCUGAUCACAUUAAGCGCAGGUCUGGCGAUUACUCUGGUGGCACUGAGCGUCAAGGGUCGGGGGCUGGACUUCACCGCAAGCGUUCUAUGCUAUCAAGGCAAAUCGACAAUUCUUCAGGAUACACGGAUGGCGCUGAUCGGCUGGAGCAUCAGCGCUCACAAUCGAAUAAGCGGGAUGGCAUGUUGAGUCCGAACUUGCAGCAGCUUGAAACCUUGGUGGACGAUUCGAAACCAGCAGACAAAGAAUCGACACUCUUGCGUGGCAUGCAGGAUUUGAGCAUCGAAGAUAGGCCGAUCUUACCACCGGCACCUCUAGGCAAUAGUUUGCGCCGGUCGACGAGGACACAAUAUAAAAAGGCGGGGAGUUUGAAAAAGGGCGAGAAGUUACCAUAUUCCAAGCGAGUCGGACGAGGGGCUUCUGAAUCUGCAGGGAGUGAUGCCGAAAUACUUUCGAUUCCCGGCAAGACUCGCAUGUCGCCUGAUCCUAUGCCCAACACGAACCGAACAACUCGGUCCCAGUCUACUUCGUCCCAUGGCACAGCAUACACUUCAGGCGCAGGUUCCGGCUCAACAUUCGACCCCAUUGUCGAUCAGCCUGAAGCAGAGAGGGGAGACUCGUACGUGGGUGGACAUUCAGAUUUUGCCUCUGAUCGACCUGACGGAUCACGGCAAUGGCAUUCUCGUAUCAGCUCGAAUGGACGAUCUACCUUGGUUACACCUCCGGGCGAUCAACAGAUCCCUGCGAUUGUUGAAACUCCGCCUGCCCCGGAGACCAACCGCAUUCCCAGUCCUCCUUCACAACGUUCAGCGGAUCGGACUGCAACAUCAACGCCGCCACCAAAAACGUCCCUGCAUGACGCGGCACCAAGCAAACGUUCCAAAAACUCCCGCCAAUCCCCUGAAAGCACUUCUUCACUCAAUGAUUUCGCCAAUAAUCCUCAGAUGAUACCCGGCAACAGUACUCGCACUGAUAGUCUCUCAUUCAUCCCCACAAUACCCGAAGAACGCAAACAUGACGAACGCAAAUCUGAAGGGAAAAAGUCAAAGGACAAGAAGGAUUCCGAUGGAAGUCGCAAGUCAAGUUGGCACUGGUUGCUGGGCAGCGAAGAGAAGGACAAAGACAAGAAGAAGCACAAGGACAGCGAGUCGAAAAGCACUAAAUCAAAAGUCGACAAAGCCCAUGAUAAUACACGCCUGGAUGUACUCCAAUCGUCCAUCGACAACACUCCGCGUGCCCGUGAAAGUCUCGUAUUAGACCGCCUGGAUCCGAAGCUGGAAGAAGAACGGCGUAAGGACGGUGUCAGAAGGGCAUCGGGCGAUUCAAAGAAAGAAAAGGAUGGCAUUUUCUCUUCUAUAUUUGGUGGCGGACGAAAGAAGCAUGGUGGAGAAGGCCAUCAUCGCAAACAUUCAUCUCGAAACCUGUCCCCGGAUCCUCCGAUGCGGGUUCUGCGUCCCGACCUCGACUACCCUUGGACUCGGUUCUCCAUCCUGGAAGAGCGAGCAAUCUACCGCAUGGCACAUAUCAAACUUGCAAACCCCCGGCGAGCGCUCUACUCUCAAGUACUGCUGAGCAACUUCAUGUACUCAUACCUGGCCAAAGUGCAACAGAUGCACCCACAGACGGGGCAUUCUUCAUCUGGAUCCCAGAGGUCAUCCAAAUCUAGGGACCAGCCAGAUGAAUACACGCAAUAUCAGCGAUACCAAGAGUCCCAGGAGCAGCAACACUACGCAGAAAGUGCUUACGACGAUUCUUCCAUGUACGACUAUGACGACGAUCCGCACGAUCGCUACGGCGCCCAUUCGAGAGGCAGUAAGCAAAGCUACGAAAAUGGCAGCGCUUACGGCCCGGGGUACCAGUACGGACACUCGUCCUUUGGCGACGACGUCCAACUCGAUGAUGACGAUGACGAUGAUAUGUGGUGA